AUGUCGCAACUCCUUGACGAUGUGGUCAAGCGCCUCACGACGUCGGACACUGAGUCUCGCGCAAAGGUCGAUGCCGCGACGACCUUGCGCGACAACCUCGACGUCUUUGUAAAUGGGCCCAACUACAAGAUCUUCCUGCAGAAGGUUAUGCCCAUCUUUAUCAACACCCUCAAUGGACCAUGCAUAUUCCAGAGUACUUCGAAUGAACAGAAACUCCGAAACACCAUCCUCGAGAUCCUCCACCGAUUCCCCACGGCCCCGUCGCCGACCGAGCCGUUCCAAGACUACGCCCUCGAGACCGUCGAAUUGUUGAUGAAGCUCGUGCGCACCGACAACGAGGAAAAUGCCGUCAUCUGUGUCAAGGUCAUCUCUGAUAUCAUGCGGCACCAGCCCAAGGUGGUCCAAAACAAGGUGCAGGACUUUCUGAGCCUGAUCCAGGAGCUGUUCGAGCAGAUGGAGCGGGUGGUCCGGGAACAGCUGGACAAUGAGCCGACACCUGCGGCCGGCGGCGGCCUGCCCUCGACACCUUCGAGCUCGCAGACCAACUUCCACCAGCACCAGAGUCCUCGGCCCCCAUCACCGACGGCAACAACAACAGAGUUCGGAGUGGAACAGCCCACUGCUCGCCCGCUGCUCAAGGGCAUGCAGUCUUUCAAGGUCCUGUCCGAGUGCCCUAUCAUCGUGGUGUCGAUCUUCCAGGUCUAUCGUACGACUGUUCCAACCAAUGUCAAGGCUUUCGUGCCCUUAAUCAAGAGUGUGCUCUGCCUGCAGGCCAAAGCCCAGGAGCAAGCACACGCCGAUGCAGCGGCCAAGGGGCAGAUAUUUGCAGGUGUCAGCCCAGACAUCAAGAACAGGGCGGCUUUUGGAGAGUUCAUCACAGCACAGGUCAAGACUAUGAGUUUUCUGGCCUACCUGCUCAGGCAGUACUCACAACAGCUGACCGACUUCCUUCCCACCUUGCCGGACAUCGUCGUUCGCCUGUUGAAGGACUGCCCCCGCGAGAAGUCGAGUGCGAGGAAGGAACUGCUCGUCGCGAUCCGUCACAUAAUCAAUUUUAACUUCAGAAAGAUCUUCUUAACUAAGAUCGACGAGCUUUUAGAUGAGAGAACACUGAUCGGAGAUGGCCUCACCGUCUACGAGAACAUGCGGCCACUGGCGUACAGCAUGUUGGCAGAUCUCAUUCAUCACGUGAGGGACUCGCUGAAUCCUGGGCAGAUUAGGAAGACUGUGGAGGUUUACACGAGGAACCUCCAGGACCCCUUCCCGGGCACCAGCUUCCAGACCAUGAGUGCGAAGCUGCUGCUGAACAUGGCAGAAUGCAUCGCCAAGAUGGACAACAAGGUCGACGCUCGACAUUACCUGAUCAUGAUCUUGAAUGCCAUCGGAGAUAAGUUCGCGGCCAUGAACCGACAAUACGCCAACGCAGUCAAGCUGUCCAAGACAUACGCGAGGCAGACAAAGGAGCAGAUUCAGGACACAUACCUCGCGGAUAAGAACGAUCCUCCGGACUGGGAUGAGACCGACAUCUUCAACGCCAUGCCCAUCAAGACCUCGAAUCCUCGUGAGAAGGGAGCGGAUCCUGUGAUCGACAACAAGUUUUUGUUCAAGAAUCUGAUGAAUGGUCUCAAGAACACUUUUUACCAGCUCAGGAUAUGCAACCCUCCGCAAGCUGUAGAGCAAGCGAAUGCCCCUCCACACUGGGUCGAUGUUGCCUAUGGAUUCAGUCCUGAGGAGGUGCAGGUGAUCAUCAAGCUCUUCCGAGAAGGCGCAUACGUCUUCCGCUACUACGAGAUCGGCAAGCCCUUGCACGAAUCGCAGUAUCAAUCAGCGGUCGAGUACAUGGCCAACUUCUACAUGAACUCGAGCACCAAAGAGGAGAAGGACCUUCUAGAGACCUUCGCAACGGUCUUUCACAGCAUCGACCCGGCGACGUUCAAUGAGGUCUUUCAACAGGAGAUACCACACCUCUACGAAAUGAUCUUCGACCACACUGGCCUUCUGCACAUUCCACAGUUCUUCCUUGCCAGCGAGGCAACCUCACCUAGCUUCUGUGGUAUGCUGCUCAGGUUCCUGAUGGAGCACAUUGAGGAUGUCGGAUCAGCUGACGUGAAGAAGGCUUCCAUCUUGUUGAGACUCUUCAAGUUGGCCUUCAUGGCCGUCACUCUGUUUGCUGCCCAGAAUGAGCAGGUUCUACUCCCACACGUUGUCGACAUUGUGACCAAGUCCAUAGAGUACUCCACGAAAGCUGAAGAGCCCAUGAACUACUUCCUGCUUCUCCGGUCGCUGUUCAGGAGCAUCGGUGGUGGAAAGUUCGAGCACCUCUACAAGAAGAUACUGCCGCUUUUGGAGAUGCUCUUGGACGUCCUCAACAACCUGCUCAGGGCAGCCCGGAAGCCCUCAGAGCGGGAUCUUUACGUGGAGCUUUGCUUGACUGUUCCAGCCAGGCUGAGCAAUCUGCUCCCACACCUCAGCUUCCUGAUGCGUCCCCUCGUCGUUGCCUUGCGUGCAGGUAGUGAACUGGUGGGCCAGGGUUUACGGACUCUUGAACUCUGUGUGGAUAAUUUGACAGCAGAUUACCUCGAUCCGAUCAUGGCACCGGUGAUGGAUGAGCUUAUGACAGCACUUUUCGAUCACCUCAAACCAGCACCUUAUUCACAUUUCCACGCCCACACUACACUGAGGAUUCUUGGAAAGUUGGGCGGACGGAAUCGCAAGUACAUGACGGACGCCAUCCCUCUUGACUACAAACAAUUCAUCGAUGAUUUCUCAAGCUUCGAUCUGCGGCUCAUCGGCUCGAAGAAGGAGAGAGCAUUCCCUGCCAACAUGGGUAUCCAGCUCGCCAUCUCGAAGCUGACUGAAGUUCCCAAACCUACCAAGAGUGGGUCGACCAAGGAAUUCGAUGGAUACUACAAAGAGAAGGCCUUCCAGUUCCUGAAGGCACACUUAAAGCUGCGCAUCGGCCACGACAACCUGCCCGAGGAUCUCCCUCGGUUGGUCCGACUUCAAGUUCAGGACCUGCUGGCACGCAAGACGGAUGCCGAUUUUUCCAUCUUCGAGUCCUCUGACCGCCAACGUUCCGUGCCCAACAAGGAGGAGCAGGAUAACACGCUGAAGCGGUUGAUCAAAGCCAUGAUGUUUGCCAGUUCCCUUCCAGAGUUCAAAGAAGAGGCCAAUGCCUUCUUACUCAAUCUGUGCCGGCAUUUUGCGAUCAUCGAGGUGGGUAGAGCUCUCGUCGACUGCAAGCGGAGUGCGAGUCCUUUCGAUGUGAACGCUGGCGAGGGGCCCAUGUGUCUUGAUACCCGUGUCCUAUGCGACGCAAUCCUCGAGUCGCUGGCUUCCGAACAUCCAGAAGUACGGUUAGCAGCCCAGCGCGCAACACAAGAGGUCUACAACUCCGCAGCCACCAUACUUGGAUCCUCAAGUCAAGUCUUCCGUUUGACAUUCUUCCACAACCUCGGAUCUGCCUUUUGUCACGGAUGCUAUGAGGAGGAAUGGUUCACCAAAGCCGGCGGUAGUCUUGGUAUCCAGAUGCUUCUCACUGACGUUGACCUGGGAGACCAGUGGAUCAACAUGAAGCAGGCUGAGUGUCUCAAGGCACUGCUUUUUGUGGUCAAGGACAUGCCACAGGACCUCCCCGAAGGUACAAGACGCGCCGCACAGGACACCCUAGAUAUACUUCUCACCAGGAUCACGAAGAACAUCAAGAAAGAGGACUGUCUGCCAGUGCCACAGCAGAGAGGACAACCAGCUCCCAAACAGCCGCGGAUGUCGCAUAUCUGCAAUGUGCUCAACCAGGAGCUGUCGCAUAUGAACAAACACGUCCGUGAGACUGCAAAGCGGUGUCUCGAUACCAUCGCAAAGGCUGCAGACGCACAGGUCUGGGAGCUGCUUGAGCCACACCGAGACCGCCUGCUGAACCAAAUCUACGCCAAACCGCUUAGAGCGCUGCCUUUCCCGGUGCAGAUCGGCUACAUUGACGCGGUCACAUACUAUAUGUCUCUGAAGCCCGAUUUCGUCAAAAUGGAUGAAAAUCUUACCCGGCUGCUUAUGGAGUCGCUGGCAUUGGCUGAGGCGACCGAUGACUCGCUGGCUACCAAGGCUGCCGAGUUUAGGACACAAAACUACAUUGUGAGCCUUCGGGUAGCCUGCAUCAAGAUCCUGAGCACAGCCAUGGACUUCGAGGACUUUAUGAAGCCUGCGCAGCCGAAUCAGCCAAACAAGGACCGGACAAGGAUCGUGGCGACGUUCUUCAAAUGCUUGUAUUUGCAACAAACUCCGAUCAUUGACGCCGCCUACGACGCACUCAAGACGGUCCUGUCGCAAAACAACAAGCUGCCUAAGGACCUACUCCAGUCAGGACUUCGGCCUGUCUUGGCCAGCCUCCAGGAUGCUAAGAGGCUAAGUCUUCAGGGCCUCAACAACCUUGCGCGCCUUCUCAAGCUCUUGACAUCUUACUUUAAGGUCGAGAUAGGACAACGCCUGCUGAUGCACGUCAAAUCACUCGCCGAGGAAAAUGUCCUGCAGCAACUUUCUUUCACGUUUUUCGAGCAGCAUGAGACGAUGGAAGUGGUAGCGGCAGUGUUCAACAUAUUCCACUUGCUUCCCGCGGCCGCAGAGAGCUACAAGGUGCAGGUCAUUGACACAACCUUGGAGCUGGAAGAGAGACUGCGAAGAACCAACCAGAGCCCGUUCCGGAAACCAGUUUACAAAUAUCUGAAUCGCUAUUCUCAGGAGGUAUGGGCUCUCCAACUGAGCAAGAUCCGCGAUAUCAAGUACGGCCGCUUCUUUGCCCAAGUGCUCAAUGAUAGCGACAGUGGUGCGCUCCGAGAGGUCGCUACGGCAAACAUUGAGAACUUGCUUCAGGCUUGCAAUGAGACUCCAGCAGAGGAUCAGCAAGCAAAGGCCACUGCCGUGGUGAACGCAGUCAAUACCAUCAAUGCUCUGUGUCAACACAAUUCCACUGCAUGGAUGGCUAAAAAGGAGAUUUUGGCCUGGCUGAAGCAGGUGGGCAACGACCUGGAAGGCUUACUCAAAGACAACAAGGUACAGGGUCAACUGCGGCUCGCUGCGCAUCAGGCCGUGGAGAAUGUCACCGCGAUCGGGAUGAAAUUCCUCGAGAAGAAUCCCGAGGAUUUGGAUUCACUCUUCUCCCUCAUUGACUCUGUCACGAUCGGUCACCUCAGACAGACGCAGAGUCUCUUCUCUUACAUUCACGACAACAUCAUCUGCAAUGACUCCAUUGAGUACUGGAGGAACAUAACCCUGCGAUGUCUCGAAGUCUAUGCCGGGAGGACCGCCUCUCAAAAAACCAAAGUCUUUUUGCUGCAUUACAUUGUCAACCCCAUCGUCGCCAUGGAUGUGAUGCGACAUUGGGACGAGCCCGAGCAGCGACCGAAUCGCUUGAUCGAUAGAUCAGUCAUUGACUCCAUCAGCACAAAGAUCUGGAAGGCCAGCCUUGCCGACCCGCAGGAUGAUCUGACACAACCCGGCAUUGAUCACACCAGGAUGGAGGUGCUGCAAUUGUCGGCGAUGCUGAUCAAGUACCACAACACCAUCAUCCAGGACGCUCGGAAGGAUAUCAUCAAGUUCGGUUGGACAUACAUCAGACUAGACGAUGCGCUCAACAAGCACGCAGCCUACGUCGUCCUUUGUUACUUCAUUGCGAACUACGACACACCUGCCAAGAUUGUGACCCAGGUUUAUCUCUCCUUGCUGAAGAACAACCAAAACGAGGGUCGCACGCUUGUGACCCAGGCAUUGGAACUGAUGGCGCCAGUCCUGCCCAAGAGGUGCAGUCCUGUUCAGCCUGCUGAUCCAAGAAACGCCGUCUGGUCCGUCGGCCCCCGGCGUAUCCUCGCAGAAGAGGGACAGAACGUCCAACAGAUGACAAGCAUCUUCCAGUUCCUGGUACGACACCCGGACCUUUUCUACGAGACCCGCGACAAGUUCGCCGUCCUCGUCAUGCAAUGCCUCCGGAAGGUGGCCAAUCCCCCGAACCCAUCUUUCGAGAGCAGGCGCCUUGCUCUGAACAUGAUGUGGCUUAUUUGGGAAUGGGAGAAGCGACGCGUCACGGGCAAGGAGGCAGAUUCGUCAAGCAUGGCCUCAAUGUCGCCAGCUAGCAAGAAGCGAAAACUCGACGAGAUGGCGACCUCCUCCCCGCCGACUGCUCGACAAACUGCCCCGGGGGAAAAGACCGAGUAUCAGAUUCCCGCACCGGUCCGCCAAAAGAUGGUUAAGUACCUGGUGGAGUUCAUCGCGCAGCUGAAUGAGCGCUAUCAUCUUCCGUCCAGCAAGGCUCAGGAUGGGCUGCAGCCUGGUCAUCCGAUGUCUCCGGACCUAAACAAGAAGGCCAUGACACUCUUGUACAACCUGUUACUUCCUGAGUACUGGGCUGACCUUGAUGUCGACCUCUUCCCAAAUGUCACAGAUGUCGUCCUCGCCAGCGACAAGACAACUCAAAUAUUGAAUGCCGACCCGGACAACAAGGAUCGAUACGAUGAGAAGUUCAUCACGAACAUUAUCAACACAUUACAAGUCGUGCGCAUCAUUGUAAAUUCGAAGUCGGACGAGUGGAUCUUGAAGAACGUGGUCCAGAUUCAGAAGAUACUCGAGAAGUGUCUCAAGUCUGAAAACCCCGAGCUCCAGGACUGCCUGCACACGGCAGACCCCGAGUUCGAUGACGGACGAAAUAUACGAGCCACCAUCAAGCGAGUCCUAGACGCUGUGCCUUCCACGGCGGAGGACGUGGCGAUGGAAGACGCUGACGCCGAAGGAGAGCCUGAGGCGCCAAAUUCCGAAUUCAUCACGUUCUUGUCCAAUCUUGCGACUGAGACGAUGGCAUCUUCCAACUACGUGUCUGGCAUCAACAUUUUGUGGUCGUUGGGCAAUUGUCGACCAUCGACGAUUGAUGCUCACAUCCCCGCCAUCAUGAAGUCGCUGCAAUCGAAGCUGGCGCGCGAUCACGUCUCUCACUACACGGCCCUCAGCCAAGAGGCAAAUCUGUCUGUCCGUCCUGCUGAUCAAAAUGCCCCUGUGAAGAUGGAAGACUACGAUCUUGAGAUACAGACCGGGCUCAUGCUCAAGGCCAUUGAUGUCACAGCCAAACGGAUGGAGAAGCUCGGAGAUAACAGGAGGCCCUUCCUCAGCGUUCUGGCCACGCUUGUUGAGAAGUCUCUACACAUCCCCCUCUGCGAGAAGAUCUUGGAGAUGGUUGAGAGCUGGAUUUUCCGCUCAGAGGGGACGUGGCCCACGCUCAAGGAGAAAACAGCCGUCCUUCACAAGAUGCUCACCUUCGAGCACCGCGCCGACCCAAAAAUGCUCACCAAAUAUCUGGAUCUCGUCCUCCGCAUCUACGAGGACCCGAAAAUCACCAGGACUGAACUCACGGUGCGGAUGGAGCAUGCCUUCCUGAUCGGUACUCGGGCGCAGGACGUUGGCAUGAGGAAUCGCUUCAUGGCCCUCCUGGACAGGAGCUUAUCCAAGACAGCCAGCGCCCGCCUGCUCUACGUCAUCAACACUCAGAAUUGGGACACAUUGGGAGAGACGUUCUGGCUUGCACAGGCCUCGCAGCUGCUUCUCGGAUCUGUCGAGACCAACGGAUUUGUCCAUUUGCACCAAGACGACUUCCGGACCUUGUCAGCGUCGCGGCUGUUUGGAAACUACGCGAAGGACUCCAGGCAGCCAACACUGAUGGCAGAUGACAAGUAUGAUGCUUUUAUGUCUAACCACCGCCGAUUCAUGUCUGAGCUCGCGGACGUCAGAGUCCGCGACAUCAUCGAGCCGCUUACUCAGCUUCAACAUAUCGACUCGUACCUCGCCAAGGAGCUCUGGGAGACUCUGUUCCCGAUGUACUGGUCUGCGACCAUCAAGGAGGAGCGCGAGGAGUUGAAGCGUGGCCUAGUGCUCUUGUUGACAAAGGACUACCACCAGCGACAGCUUGACAAGAGGCCAAAUGUGAUCCAGGCCUUGCUGAAGGGUGCUGCCAAGGCGACACCUGAAUGCAGAAUCCCAGCUCACGUUUUGAAGUAUGCGGCCCAGACCUUCGAUUCAUGGUACACGGCCCUUGUCCAGCUCGAGGACGUUGCGGUCAAUCAAGAGGCAUCCGACAGCGACAAAGUCAGGGAGAGCAACUUGAAUGCCCUAGUUGAGCUUUAUGCCAACCUCAAGGAGGACGACUUCUUCUACGGUACCUGGCGUCGGAGGUGCGAUUUCAUCGAGACAAACAGCGCUUUGUCGUACGAGCAGAACGGCAUGUGGGACAAGGCCCAGGAGAUGUACGAGUCUGCACAGGUGAAGGCGAGAACAGGUGCUCUCCCUUUCUCCCAGGCCGAGUACACGCUGUGGGAGGAUCACUGGGUCCUGUGUGCACAGAAGCUCCAGCAGUGGGACAUACUUCAGGAUUUCUCCAAGCACGAACACAUCCAGGACCUGCUCUUGGAGUGUGCCUGGCGCAACCAGGAUAUGUGGUCAUCUGCAGAAAAUAAGGAGCACAUCGAGGGCAUGAUCAAGGGGCUCAUGGAUGCCCCCACUCCUCGCCGAGCGUUCUUCCAGGCUUUUAUGACUCUGCGCAAGUUCCACGACGGCACAGAGUCUCAGCAGGACUUCCAGCGAUGUGUCGAUGAGGCUAUCCAGCUGUCAAUCCGGAAGUGGCACCAGCUGCCAAAGCAAACGACACACGCCCAUGUGCCGCUGUUACAGAACUUCCAACAGCUGGUGGAGCUGCAUGAUGCGAGCGUUAUCUGCGCCAGCCUCGCCAUCACAAACCAGCAGAACCUGGAUGUCAAAUCAAGCGAGCUUAAACUGCUGCUGAGCGGGUGGCGCGAGCGCUUGCCCAACGUCUGGGAUGAUAUCACUGCCUGGCAAGACCUAGUGAAUUGGCGUCAGCACAUCUUUGGACUGAUCAACUCGAAGUAUCUCACGCUGUUGCCGCAGCAGGGCCAGAAUGCCAGCGGCUCGUCGUUUGCCUAUCGUGGAUACCACGAAACCGCCUGGAUCAUCAACCGUUUCGCGCAUGUGGCUCGAAAGCAUGACCUUGCCGAUGUCUGUAUCAACCAGCUUGGACGGAUCUACACGCUUCCAAACAUAGAGAUUCAAGAAGCCUUCCUCAAGCUUCGGGAGCAAGCCAAGUGUCACUAUCAGAACCCCAAAGAACUCACCAGCGGGCUGGAGGUCAUCAACAACACAAACCUCAACUACUUUAGCCCUGUGCAGAAGGCCGAGUUCUACACACUGAAGGGCAUGUUCCUUGAGAAGCUGAAACAGAAGGAGGACGCAGACAAUGCGUUCGGCACCGCCUUGUUUUUCGACAUCUCAGCUGCCAAGGCGUGGGCUGAAUGGGGUUACUUCAAUGACCGCAAAUACAAGGAUGAUCCGACCGAUCUGAACGCAGCCCGGCAGGCGCUUACGUGCUAUCUGCAAGCAGCGGGCGGCUACAAGAAUGCAAAGUCGCGAAAGCUCAUUGCCAGGAUUCUAUGGCUGCUCAGCAUGGAUGAUGCCAACGGACAGAUCUCGGCCGGGUUCGAUGAUUUCAAGGGAGACACGCCGACGUGGUACUGGAUCACCUUCAUUCCCCAGCUCCUGACUGGGCUCAGCCACAAGGAAGCAACUCGUGUGCAUUCGAUCCUUAUCAAGAUCGCGAGAUCCUAUCCUCAAGCCCUCUAUUUUCAGCUGCGGACCAACAGGGAGGACAUGCAGGUCAUUAAGAAGAACCACGAGGCCAAGAAGGCGAAGGCGGCGCAAGCGGCAGCAAGCAAGGCCAGUGCCUCACCGACGCAACAGAAGCAAGACGCGAACGGUGCCUCCAAGCAGGAAGCUGCCUCAGGAUCUCGGCCUACCACAGCCAACGGAGAGCCCAACAGCGCGAAGCCCGAAGGCGGAGAUACGAAUGGUACAGCGCCGCCUCCUACUCCUACCACAUCGACGGCGCCGAAUGGAGCCAAUGGCUCUACUCCUGCUCCAGACAACCAGUCAGCAGCGGCGCCGGCGGCAGCAGCAGCAGCAGCAGCUCCAGAAGCAGGCCAGAAGAAGUUCCCAUGGGAGCUAACCGAAGAGAUCAUGUCCCAGCUCAAGACAGCCUUCCCUCUUCUAGCACUGUCGAUGGAGACCAUGGUCGAUCAGAUUUCGAAACACUUCAAAUGCCCCCCUGAUGAGGAUGCAUAUCGGUUGAUCGUUGCGCUCCUUAACGACGGUCUAGCGUACGUCAGCCGCGCGCCGACAUCAUACGCCAAGGGAACGAAGCUGCCACAAGCGACAGAGACAAACAUUACUAGGUUCGCCGAGACGAUCCUGCCCGCCCACAUCCGCAAGACGUUCGAGGCCGACUUUGUGGUGGUGAAGCCCACAAUGUUCGAGUACAUCCACAAGCUGCGCAAGUGGCGGGACAAGUUCGAGGAGAAGCUGGACCGAAGGAAUUCCCACAUGUCCCUGGAGAACUACACGCCUUUCCUGAACGAGUUCAAGUACCAAAAGUUUGAUGAAGUCGAGGUCCCCGGCCAGUAUCUCCAGCUGAAGGACAAGAACCAAGACUUUAUCCGCAUCGAUCGCUUCAUCCCCACUGUUGACCUUGUGCGCACCAUUGGGUCAUCUCACCGCCGGCUGAAGAUUCGCGGCCACGACGGCAGUAUCCACCCCUUCGCAGUGCAGCACCCUGCCGCGCGGCACUGCCGAAGGGAAGAGAGAAUCAUCCAGCUGUUCCGGCAACUGAACCAGCGGUUGAGUCGCAAGAAGGAGAGCCGUCGUCGCGACCUGCAGUUCACGCUGCCGCUGAUGGUACCUCUUGCGCCUCACAUCAGAAUCGUGCAAGAGGAUACGUCCUACAUCACUCUGCAGGGCGUGUUUGAGGAUCACUGCCGGCGCAACAAUCUAUCCAAGGACGAACCUGUACUCUUCAUCAUGGACAAGCUUCGAGCGCUGGGCGAGACCAACAAAGUGAGUGUUUUUCCUGCUAUCAAUACUACGGGGACCAUCACCCCUAACCUUGUGCAGCAAAAAUCGGGCGAGCAAAGUGCCAGCGCGAGAUUGGAGAUCCUCAACGCAAUCCAGGACACGUGGGUGCCUCGCACGGUCGCAUUGGAUUUCUUCCAGAGGACGUACGACGACUAUGCAGACUUCUGGCUGUUCAAGCGGCGAUUCUCGUACCAGAUGGCGGCGCUCACGUUCAUGACGUACGUGCUCUACAUCGACAAGCGCUACCCGCAGAAGCUUCACAUCGCACGGGGCAGCGGCAACAUUUGGAGCUCGGAGCUGCUGUCCUUCAUGACGGGCCAGCGGCCCUUCUUUGGUGCCCUCGAACACGUACCAUUCCGACUCACGCCCAACCUGCAGACGCUCAUGGGCCCGCUGGCGACAGAGGGCCUGUUCAGCUGCUCGAUCAUGGCGAUUGCUCGGUGCCUGACGGAGCCCGAGUUCGAGCUGGAGCACGCACUCACGCUGUUCGUGAGGGACGAGGUCAUGUACUGGUUCACGAGCAGCCACAGGCUGAUCCACAUCAGCGAGGGCCAGCUCCGCGACACGGUGCAGACGAACUGCGACCUCAUUGUCAAGAGGGCGAUGGCACUGGCCACGACGGACCCCGAGGCCAAGGUGCCGGCCAACCAGACGGUGAUCGACCUCAUCAGCAAAGCUGUGAACCCCAUCAGCCUAGCCAUGAUGGACGCACUGUGGCAGGCUUAUCUUUGAGUGGUUUCACAGGCGGGGGGUGGGUGCACUCAUUGGUGGUGCAGGUUUAGCCUUGUUUUUCUUGUUUGUUUUUUUUUUUCUCUUUCUCUCGUGUGAAUAGUGGUUCGGGAGGCGCGCAUGAUUCUUGGUGUUGGUGCUGGAUCGACAAAAGGGUGGUCUCUCUUGUCUUUUUCUUUAAUUAUUAAGGGAUGUCUCCAAGGAGAAAAUUGCGGGCGUUAUUAUUCUAACAAGAACGGCAACAAGGAAUGGUUUCAGGAGCAGAUAGAUUCUCCAUGAUAGUUGUUGUAGUAGGAAACGAUGGUAUGCUGUUCAACAAU